UUGGCAACAACUUGAGCCAUUUAGAAACAUUUUUUGGGUGAUUUUCUUUCCAAUGAUAUGGCCUUAGCUCUGUAUUAUUGUGGCUGCCCAUCAUCUCUAAAAUGGAAUUUGCCUAUUGUCAAAGCUGUGAAUGUUUCAGAGACAGGCAGUUUGCGGUUGCCAAUCCUAGAAAGAGUUGAUGAGGAAUUGAGGAGAGGGAAUGAAAGAGAGGCUUUAGCCCUGGUGAAUAAUUUGGUGGGGAAGCCUGGUGGCCUUAGGUGCUUUGGAACAGCAAGACAGGUACCACAAAGACUCUAUAAUUUGGAUGAACUGAAAUUAAAUGGAAUUGAUACUUUGUCUCUGUUAUCACCUGUGGAUGGCACACUGGGAGCAAUUGAGAGAACUCUUCAGGUUACAGCAUGUUUAGGAGGGCUUUCAGCAUGGGUUGUGUUUGGGUUUUCCCAAUUGCAAAUAUUGUCCUUUUCUUUGGGAUUGCUGUUUCUAUGGUCCCUGGAUUUGGUAUCUUUUAAUGGUGGAAUGAGUAAUUUAUUGUUGGAUACAAUUGCUCAUACUGCCAGUGAAAAAUAUCAUGAUAGGGUCAUUCAGCAUGAGGCUGGUCACUUUUUAAUUGCCUACUUGCUUGGAGUUCUUCCGAGAGGAUUCACACUAUCGAGUUUAGAAGCCCUAAGAAAGGAAGGGUCCCUUAAUGUACAAGCAGGGACCUCAUUUGUGGAUUUUGAAUUUCUUGAAGAAGUUGCUAAGGGAAAAGUCUCUGCAAAGAUGCUGAACAGGUUCUCCUGCAUAGCACUUGCUGGUGUGGCAACUGAGUAUCUUCUCUUUGGUUACGCCGAGGGAGGACUUGCUGACAUUGAUAAGUUGGAUAACUUACUGAAGAGCCUGGGAUUCACCCAGAAGAAAGCUGAUUCUCAGGUAAGAUGGGCAGUCUUGAACACCAUUUUAAUUCUGCGUCGUCAUGAACGGGCUAGAUCAAAGCUAGCAGAAGCAAUGUCUUCAGGGAAAUCGGUCGGUUUUUGCAUCGACAUUAUAGAAACUUCUAUUGUUAGUUCUGAAUCUUCUGAUAUUUAGCUCUUGAAAAAAAAAAAACCUGAUGAUAAAACUUUUUGAGAAAAUCUAAAUUGUUCUGUGGUUUUUGAUAGAAUCACUUCAAUGUUUUUGGCACU